AUGUCGCGAACACUAGCGAAUACCUCGCCGCCUGCUCAAUACGGUAUGUCACCAACUCUUAGCGCCAACUCGCACAUGCCUACUCUACCGCUGUCGACUACGCAAACGCAGAGCGCCAGUCUAGGUCAGGAGCGUCAACAGAUCAACGCUUCCAAUGGCUCUACACAUUCUCAACAGUCGCGCAUGCCGCCUCCGAAUGCCGCUCGCUAUCAACAGUCACCUACCAAACAAGGCCAUCCGCAUGCACAAACGAAGCGGCAAUCUUCACCAAUAAAGCAGAGCUGUCCUCAAAUCGCAGGUCGGAAGCGCCAGGCAACAGAUGCGACUGAAGGUACCAGGCCUGCAGACAAGAGGCAAAAUAUGACGCCACAUCCUAGUGCCGCCCAUGCCACCCCCAUACAUCAAAACGCCUCUCCAUCUCACCAGGCCGGCACAUACCAUCGAGUAAAUGGCAUGCGUAAUGGCGCAUCGAAUGUUGUCGCGUCGACCACGAAGGAUGCUAAUCGGGAGCGUCACGAACAGCAGGCUAAGCUUGAGGCAGAGCACCGCUUGCGGGAGCACCAAGCUAGAGCAGCUGAAGAAGCUCGCAUCGCGGAGCAGUAUCGAAUCGCCCAUGCCGCCGCCCUCCAGCGUGAGAAGGACGAUAAGCGAAGGGAGGAGCUCUGCAAGGAUCCUAGCGCAAACUUUCGCCACAUCCUUGAGGUCUACAAGCUGAUGCCGCUCAAGAAGGGCGAAUUACCCAACAGAUACCUGACUGGGUUGAUCGCGAAUCGACAGAUGCCGAUGGAUCUUGAUUGCGACCUUGCGCUCGCCAUUACAUUUGCAAAAGAUCAUUGGGAACACUACGGACAGUGGCCCAAAGAUAUAACGCGGUUCGUAGGCUAUGAGCGGGAGAGGAGGGCUAAGGCUAAAGAGCAGGCUUAG